CUCGGGCAGCGAGUGUGUGAGUAGUGUGUGACGUGCUUGGAACAACGCAGCCGUUCUACGCCCCGCCCAGGUACCGUGACGUUUCACCGAGAAUGUCCCCGAUGCUGCUCAGUUCCAGACAUGGCAGCACUGAGACAGGAGGAGCGAUACGGGCUGUCCUGUGGUAAAAUUAACAAAAAUAUCCCGAAUAAAACGCUUUAUCACGUCAAGCUCACCGACACCGCCAUCAGAGCUUUGGAGGCAUAUCAGAACUUCAAGGCCUCGAUACCACAUCAGCCGGUUAUUUGCUUCAAGGGGAGCCAAGGGUACAUCAAGAUUCCAGUCCCUUCUGCUGACUCCUCGGGAGCUCUCCGUGUUUUCUCUUUCUACCUGUCCAGCGACAGCAAAGACAAACCUCAGGCCAGCUUUGACUGUAUUCACCAGUAUGUCUCCAGCGAUGGCCGCGAGCAGCUGGAGUGCCAAGGCAGUAUUCAGGACAAGAUCACCGUCUGCGCCACCGACGACUCCUACCAGAUGACCAGGGAACGCGUGUCCCAGGUGGAGAAAGAGACCUGGAGUCGGGCGGCGAUAGAAAUCAAGCCAGGGACGACACAUCCGAGUAAAUGUGUCAAAAUUCAGAAGAAGCACGGCGCGCCCAUGCCGGGGGACAGCUUCCCUUCCCACAAGCACUCCCCGACUGGCGCGGGGCCGAAGAGGAGCAGCGCCCCCAGCCCUGUGGCUCACAGGCCGCUGCGCGAUCGCAUCAUUCACCUGCUGGCCCUGAAGCCCUACAGGAAGCCUGAGCUCAUCCUGUGGCUGGAGCGGGACAGAGCCUCGCCCAAGGACAAAGCCGACCUGGGCUCCGUGCUGGACGAGGUGGCGAAACUCAAUCCCAAAAACCACAGUUUCACGUUAAAGGAUGAGUUCUACCGGCACGUUCAUCGGGACUGGCCCGGAUACACGGAAGAUGAGAGGCAGCACAUCCAUCGGCUCUUGGCGAGGAAGUUGCAUCCACUCAACAAUAGCCAACAGAAGAGUUUCCAGUCAAACCCUUCAUUCCACAAAGCCUCAGGGGAUUCUCCUUCACAUCUGAGCCCUGUUAAGAAUCUUGCAGUGAAACGUCCAGUGCCUUGCGAGUCCUUGGAAAGUCAGGCUAACAAGAAACCGAAAGUAUCGGAUCAGAACCUGCACCAGCAGCCUCUCUCCAACGAACUUGUCCCCUCAGCUAGUUCUAACACUUCCACCCCAGUCAGCUCCAGUUUGCACACCAAGACUGAAUUUCAGAAGACAAGCAGGCACCUCUCAGAGAGUCAAAAUGGCUUCUUAGCUCGGCACUCGGUCAGCGACUCUGCAGGCACACACAGACCAGAGAGGGAGGGGCCAGGCCCCCUCUCCACCAUUCUGAACCCGGCCCAGACCCAGUUCUCCAACCGCACGGAGCUGAGUCUUGCCAGCAGCCAGCACAAGAAGAAGAAGUCCAAAAAGCAUAAAGAGAAGGAGCGAGAGCGAUUAAAAGAUGCUGAGAAGGACGAGUGGCCUGAACGGAGUCCUGAUCUGAAGAACAAUGUGGAGAAUCUAAAAGACCACGACCGUGCAAACACACCUGUCUCCCCUGCCUCACCUGCAGAAUUGUGUGACUAUUUGCUAAAGUACAACACUAUUACAACCCCCGAGCAACGACAGAAGUACAAGGAAGAUUUCUGUGCUGAAUACGAUGAGUACAGAGACCUGCACUCCAGAAUAGGGAAUGUCACUGAGAGGUUUGUUGAGCUGGGAUCCAAGAUAAAGACUCUCUCUCCGGGAAGCCAGGAGUACAAGGACAUGGAGGACCAAAUAUUUGAGGAAUAUAGGAAGUACAAAAAGAAGUUCCCUGGAUAUCGGGAAGAGAAGAAGCGCUGUGAGUAUCUGCACCAGAAGCUGUCUCACAUCAAGCGCCUCAUUCUGGACUAUGACCAAAACCACAUGCCUUCCUAGAGCCGGCACGCCUCUGUCGCUCUCAUCGACCAAAACCUGCCCGGGGAACACUCCCAGCUCUGACCGUGUACCAGAACGAAUAGGAAGACGCAGAACAGCUCUGUGUCAAGUAACGUCAGCGAGAUGGUUGCUCAUGUGGGAUGGGCAGGACUCACUGGUUUGCAGUCAGAUUCAAACCUUUUAUUUGAUGAGAUUGGUCUUUUUGAGAGUGGAAGGUAGACUUGAACUCCAGCUCUCUCUGGUGCAGUAAAGGAGUGGAAGGACAAAGAGAAAAAAAGCCAAAAUGCCCUUCUUUGCCUUCAGGUUCCUUCACGUAGAUGAGAUCUGCAUCCUCCUCCGCUCUUUAGCCCAGGUGUUAAACUGUAUUUCGUCCGCAGGAGAGCACGUUUCAAGUGAACGACUGUAUUGACGGUCCACUCUUUUAUAGACCCCACAAAGCACCUUAUAAAAUAUUCAAGUCAUAAUGUGGCUUUUGCCAGGAAGACUUUCUUGGAUUUCCUGUAAAAUUUCCAAACAAAAUUGAUACAAGAGCGAAUGAUUAAAAAUUGACAUUCAUUCAUCUAGAACAAAUCUCAACCCCCCAAGGCCACUAAAAAGUCCAAGAUCUGAUCCCUGUAAUCAGGUGCAAGGAUGAUAUUGAAAUACAGUCACAUGAAUAGUCAUUUCCAUCACUCUACACAGGCCUCUCUCACUCCCAAGCAUCCCUAGGGGCAAGCAUCCCUGCCUUAGCCAAGCAAUGUGCAGUCUUGUGGUGUUCCAGAAACAACAUUAAAUUAUCUUGACAAUAUAAUGCUUCAUUUGGAACCAGGAUUUGGAUCAGGGUAGCUUAUGCUAUUGGAAUCUUUCUCCAAGGAGAAAUUAAGCAUGACAUUAGUAGGCUAAAUAUUGUGGAAGUGGAGAAACAGCGGUGGUUUGCAGAGUGGGUUGCCUGGGAUGAUGUACGAGUGAAAUCACAAGCUGCCAUUCCCCAUCAUUAACUAAAAUGUAUUAAUGUUUGGUGGCUUAUUGCACCAUGCAUUUCGAUAUACUCUCGUUUUUUUUGACGGAACGUUUUUUCUUCCUUUUCAAUGUUUCUCCUGUCAUCCCGGCAGGUACCUGAUUGGCUCUGUGGAGUCUGAUAAGCCACUUUGACCCAAUCUAUGAACAUUGCCUGCUUGUAACAACAACCGACGUAUUGCUCCGCAUAUUGGCAGUAUGGCAAUACAUUGGCUAUAUAUCUAAAUCCCAUAACAUUACUGUUAUAAAGUUGUAAAAAAACUAACUGUACUACAGUUUUCCCCAUUCUCAUUUCAAAAGAACCAAAUGAUUAACUUUUGUUUUCAGACAACACUAUACCUUUUUGGCAUUCCCUUAAAUCUUUUGAUUUCUAAAACGGGUGUCUGCUUACCAAUUUCCCAAAACAUAAUUAAGAGCAGGUGUAUUGAAAGACUUGGGUAGACUGGCGGUCUGUACGAUAAGACAUGACCUUCAUUGUUACACAACAGAAGGCACGAAAAGAGCCGAGUUCUUGUUUCAUCGGUCCUGCCUUCUCCUCAAAAAUCGUUGAAAACAAAGCCGGACAGGGUGUAAUGAAAAAAGAAAGGAUUGAUCAAUCUCAUGGUCACAAAGGUUUGCAGAAACAAAGUCCAAACUCAUGAAUAAAAGCUCUUUUAACCAUCAAAAUUCCAGGCCAGGCUAUGGGGGUGCACAAAUAAACACCACGUUUUCUGUAAUUGGUGCUAUAAUAUAAAAGCACGAUGUAUUGUGCAGUGUCCCUUCAACUCACAGGAGUGAGUCUAUUUGAACUCCUUUCCCAGGAAGAUUUAUAUUUAUAUCGCCAUUCAAUGAUGAAAGAAUUCCUUCAUUCUCCAACACAAUCGAAAUGAAGAAGGAAUAAUCCAGACAUUCGAUACCAGGCUCGUUGAUGACUGAGCAGGUUGUUCCACUGGAGUGUCCAAAGUUGCGGUCUGAUUAAACUUUUGCUGGGCUGGAACUCUGGUAGAAGAGGCUUAGUGAAAUGAGAUGACCAGACUCCUAGCUGAAGAAGUGUCCUCUGUAACGCACUGGGGUCUCGGGGCUCUCAACAGAGGGCAGCGUGUGCCCACGGGCGGAGGCAGUCUGGUUACGGCUGCCAUCCCCUCCGUGAGCCGGGCGUUUGCUUUCUGCCCUGCCUCUUCCUGCAUCUGCUCAUAGAAACGCACUGGUUUUUGUUUUUGUCUGUGCUCGAAACCCCAUCUCCGUCCGACGUGGCAACAAAUGAACUAUUUCAUCUAGAGCUGGGUGAGGUGCGAUCGUUUUCAGGCCCACGGAGAUUCCGCUCGUUCUGGAGUGAAAUGGUAGAGGUAGCCAUGCUCUUUCUGGAGAUCCAGCAAUCCAACAGUCCCAGUCCACUACUGUAGCUACGCUGGUGCUCUUUCCUGCUUUGGUUCACUGUGUGAACCCUUUCCACGAGGCCUUAUUAGGGCCAGUUCCUCUAUCAAAGAGAUCUGUAGAAACACAUUCCUGCCAGACUCCACGUUUUCCAAACAGCCAUUGGGGGAGUGACUGCCCUGGAGGAGUAUGCUGGUUUUCAAAUGCACUUCAUCAGCCCUACUUGAAUUUUAAAUCCAGCUAUCUUGAGAUAAUGUGGCUUCUUAUUCAAUUCUGACUGUAAGGAAGAAAACAGACUGCAUAGAUUUGGUAAAAUGGGAUAGUAGUUUAUUUUUUAUAAUGUUCUUAUUGUUCAUGUUUUAUAAGCCAGGUUUAGAGAUGCCUUAUUAAUCCAAACCACACAAACAAAAUGAGACAGCCAGCAUAUGAAAUCCCAUACAGUACACCAUAAUGUGUUCCUUUCCGUCUCUUGACUUGGAAAUGUAGUGGCCUCUUUUAUAGGCAACAGGUCAGUUAGCAUGAACAUCUCUUCCAGAAAAACAAAUUGCUUGCAGCUUUUUCCCCAUUUCCAAAUCUUUGUUUGGAAAUUCAGAAAUGUCACAAUCGUAUGUUGUUUUGUUUUUUUGCCUUAAGCUGACAGUCACUCUAAAUCCAAAAGGCUGAGUUUUGCUUCUGCCUUAGGUCUCAGUCUGAGGAUCACUAUAGAGUGUGCCAGUAAGCGUUAGCCUGUAUUACCUGUUAAAUGUAAAAUUGAUUCUGGUUUCUUCAACUGGAAAAUAACCAGAUUUUGCUUGUCCAGUUUCAGCUUAUCAAGGGCUUAGCACCUAAGUGUUACUUGAGAACCUUGUUUUGCAACAAAGAACACACUAAAAACGACUUCAACAUCACCCUAAUUAAUCAAAAAGUGACAUUUCAGACUUUUAACUUACUAUUCAGAAUCAGCACAUAGUAUGUAUCCCAUUGCUUCUAGGACACAACCUAGAGGAAAUGAAUAAAGAAUUCCUUCUCUGCUACUUACAUUCCUGAUUUCAAAGGAUUUUAAAAAGUAUUUUUUUUUCUUUAAGUUUGUUUGGUAUGUGGAUUGAAGUCUUAAAAGUAAUCCUGCUUUGAACUGGUUUUACAUGUGUGAUCAAGAGCCAGAAUGGUCUAAAUUGACAUCAUAACAGGACCGAUAACAUGCUGUAGGACUCCUCCUAUAUGUUCAUUUUGUAACAGAACAGGCAUGUCCCACAACUGUUGGAUCCUUGGCAAGCAAGUUUUGUAAUGCUGACUCUAGCUUUAAGAAGGAUGCAUCUCAAUGAUGCCCUAUUUCAGUUCAGAUCUCUUAUCUUCCUCUCCUCACUCAAGAGGAAGUUUUAUUCAUCUGAGUGGUGACACUGCUGUGUUGGUCAUGACUUAAACCUCUUGGUCUCUCUGUACUGUUCUGAUAUGUGGGCAUGUGGCCACGGGUGCAGUUUGUAGGUCUGUGCCACUAUGCGAGUCCAAACAUGAGCUUUUCCAAUCCAGCUUUAGAGUGCUAAACUACAUGUGGGGGGUGAUUGGGGAAGUGUUUUUAUUGGAUUCCCUGCAUUAAUGGGAGAAAUCUGCAGAUCUUUUGGUCCUGGCUUAUACAGAGUCGGGCAUAAAGAAUGUAGGUUACAUAAUUGUAUUGGGCUGGUUUCACAGCCACUUGUCUUAGACUGCCGUCCCUGAAUUAACACUAGAUAGUCUUAAACUCUUAGGAGUCUCUGAAACAAAGAUGUCAGUGUUUCAAUCUGUUAGCCAUAUGCAAACGUACAGUAUGGGAGGGUAUGUUCUCAUACUAACAAGAUGGUAAUGGCACAUGGAAAAAGGAGUAGGUAUUUCCGAAGAAGUUUCUGGAUCAUAAUCUUUAUUUUUGUUGUAACACUUUCAAACUGUACUAUAAAACUGAUAUGUAGUUAUGUACCUUUAAUCCAGCGUGGAGGGAGACAUUUAUUUUGUCAGCCAUGCAGGUGUCAGUAUUUAGGUGCCUAUCAUGAGAGAUUUCGUACCACAUGAGCUCUACAUGGGAUUUGUAAUCUUUAGAAUGGAUUUCCAAGCAUGGCAAAGUGAAACAAAUUUAAUACCGGCUCAAAUGCAUUGUCUUUAAAUUGCAUUUUAAAAAUGCAUCUCUUCUCUUCUACAGUUUGGUGUAGCUAGCUGAGGAAAUGAAUCCUUGUUACAAGCUACCAUAAUAUGUAUUUAAAAGUUUUAAUAUUGAGUGCAAAAUAUAAAAACACAAAAAAAUCUAGUAUUCUUUAGGGGUGGGGGGGUGUUUUCGAAAUUAUCUUCAUCUCUUUGGCUCGUGCAUUAUGUGUUUAAUUUUAUUUGUUGUUGUUGGAAUACUAAAUGUCUUUAUAGAAAUGUGAACAUUUUAUUUCAAUUGUCCUGUACAACAUCUCUGCAUUUUUGUCUACCUGUAAGAAAAAUCUGUGUAAGAAAUAAUUUAUUGCUUUUCACUUUUUUGUGUGUGUCUUCUCUUGGUUUGGUUUUUAUCCUUUGCACAAAAUUACUGUCCUCUUUAAGGUAGACAGAAGGCAACAUAUCCCUUGUCAGAGGGUAAUGGGAUAUAUAUUUUUGCAAAUCUCAUUUUAAAGGGUAUGUACCAACUUUUACUCUUCCUUUGAGAAAAGAAAAUGUAUUUUAAAUGUAUCUGUAAAAUAAAGUUCUUUUCAUGCAAA